CCCAACAGCUAACAGUGAACAUUGUUGUGUAUUCUUACCACUGCCAGUGAGUGAGUGAUGGUAGUAUAAAUCCACACCUGCUACUAGUGAAGAGGCUGAUAUGUAUACACAUACACAUCUCCCAUGAAACGGAUCAUAGUACCGACAUUCGGAUGAGAAUCAAUUGACAGUAAACACUAAUAUGUAGUGGACUUUUACACUUGCAUAGCGUCCAGGGCGUCAAUUUGAAUUAGACUCAUUAGGACACUCCUUUGUUGAAAUAUGGUGGGACCCCGGCCUCGGUGUAUUAAUCUAUCUUAUAUAUACAGGAUGGGUAAGAAGAACAUAGAUGAUGCCAGCGAGAACCUUACUCCCCAGCAAGUUAUGAUAAAUCAAGUCCCCCCUCGACGUUCCUCGUCAUUGGCUUCAGUCGCAUGGGACAUAUCAGAGCAUGUCCUACAGACACUCACAAGUGCUGCUCAGUAUGCGCCAACACCAUAUCUAGGGACUCUAUCAGUUGUUGCACUCAACAUAUUCCAAGCCGUGCAGGGUGCUAAAGAAAACCAAGAAGUGUUGGCCCAAUUGGCGUCAAUGGCAUGUAACUUAGCCAGUUCGAUCACAACUACCUACGAAGAGCUACAUUCAUCGUCACCGAAUGCGGAUGCCUGUUCGACUGUUGCGCCAAAACUCUUCUCGUCAGAUAUCACUCUACAAAAACAAGUAGAUGAAUUGAUACAAAUACUCAACAGUAUUGAAGGAUGGAUUAAAGAUCUGAAAAACAGAGGAAAAUUGCGAAAAGUCAUCGCGUCCAGGUCGGAUCUCAACGCAAUUCAGGAGUUCCGAGAUCGGUUAAACGAGGCCACGGAAAAAUUCCAGAUCCAAUCCCUCAUCACGUUACGGAGUGCUGUUGCGCAGAUUGAACAACAAGCUACCAAGCGCCACGAAGCUGUUCGCCAAAAGUUAAUGACUAUUCAGGAGCAUCUAGAGGAAAACGCCAGAAAACCUGUUUAUGUCGACUCACCCAUAUCUUCUGAGCCUAACUCCCCCUUUUCCUCGCACCGCCCAUCUCGCGCAAAUACAACGGAGCUUGUCGGAAAUCCCAAUAACCCAUUCAGCCCUCUUCUCUCCCGAUCCGCCACCGUUCACGGAAACAUAUCAGUCACCAACAUUUCUGGAAACAGUUCCGUCAACUCCUAUAGCAAUAAUUCAAUACGAGAAAAUUAUGGAAAUUGGGGCCGAACGCGGGAACGCAGGAAAUGGAGGAUAUAAUGAGACAUAUGGAUACCAAGGCAGCUAUAAUAAGCUCACUCGUAUCCCACAACGAUGCGGAAGAGAUUAUGAUCAUGUUCGUAGCUCCAAUCCUACACUGAUUCCUUUCCCGUAGGACGAACUCAUUCUGAAAGCUGGAUUAAUUAGCUGACCGGCGGCUAUCAUCGGAUCUAACCAAUUGUGCUACAUGCUAGAUACAGCCAGGCGUUUCGAGGUUGAGUCCGGACGAAAAUUGAAAUCCAUGAGCUCCAUGAAGAGGCCAGGGGUACAGUAUUCGUAGUGGGUCCGGAUAUGUUUUAGAU